GUAAUUUGUAAGUUAUGUUUGGAAAUAAAACUGAAGGAAAAAAAAAAGGAAGACUGGAGAGGCAGCGCAUGGGGUGUGUAAAGUGAAGAAGAAGCAAAGAAAGAAAUGUGGAGAGAGCUGGGAGAAGUGGAAGGAUCAUAUUCAUAAAGCUCGUAAGUCGCAAGUUGAAGUUGGCGGAGUUACAGGUUUGCAGCCUGAGCUUCAAACUGCUGCUGCUGAUUCCUUCUCAGAUCAUCCUCUUCAUCGCCUCCAGACAUGUGCUGCAAAUGCAAAUGAAAAAGGUGACAAGGCUUCCUUGAUUCCUCACUCCAGACGGCCUGCACUCCCCUCUCUGCAAAUACCCCCAUGGUCACUAGAUGCCGCAUUAUCUUCUUUCGCAAAGACGGAUGGUCCUUCCCUCUCCAGUCCCAUUUCUGCUUCCACAUCCACCUCUUCUAGAGGACUUCCGCCAAGGCCAAAUUCGGCCAGAGUCAGGCCUUCCAUGAGAAGUAUAAUUCCUCAAGGGAACUUCAGGGCCAGAACCAGUCCCCGCGAUGCUGAAAGGACGGUUCUCAUUGUUCCUGAUACUACCCUGUCAAAUGCACUUUUGGAUAAGCCUUCUACUUCAAGGACCCUCUCUCUUAAUGGUAAAGGUUCAUUCUCUCCAUUGUCAAAGGUUGCCCACUCAUUACCGGUUACUCCAAUUGCAUCUUUGGGUCAAGAAAGUGUACAUGGCAGACAUCUGGGAUGUGCUUCUGAUUUAAAUACAAUGGUUGUCAAGCAGCAUAUAACUCGAUCACUUUCGGUUCCAGUUGAUGCCAAAGCCACCAAAUUGAGGUGCACUCAGUCUAGGGUCUUGAUUCGUAUCAUUUCAGCCAGGCGGCAUCUUGCAACUGUUGAUGGAACUUCAACUGGUGAUGCUUCAGUCAUGGAGAUUGCUAUUGAGGAUGCUACAGCAGAUAUUCCAGAGGAAGAAGCAGUUUGUAGGAUUUGUUUGGCAGAGCUCGGGGAAGGAGAAAAUACGCUUAAGAUGGAAUGCAGUUGUAAAGGUGAUCUUGCGCUUGCUCAUCAAGACUGUGCAGUAAAGUGGUUUAGUAUUAAGGGCAACAGGACCUGUGAUGUCUGCAAGCAGGAUGUUCAAAACCUCCCGGUAACACUAUUGAAAAUUUAUGAUCGUCAACCCCCUGCCAGACAGCCACCAAAUGUGCCACAACCAAGGGAAAUAGCUUAUUACAGGAUCUGGAAUGAUAUACCUGUACUUGUCUUGAUUAGCAUGCUUGCUUACUUCUGCUUUUUGGAGCAACUACUGGUUUCAGAUUUGGGUCCUCGAGCUCUCGCAAUUGCAUUACCUUUCUCCUGUGUUUUGGGUCUCCUAACAUCUAUGAUUGCGUCAACCAUGGACCUGUUAAGAUCAUACAUCACGUGAGUUCUUUGCAACUCAAAAGGUCUGAAACAAGAGAAUUGAACUGUGCGGCUGCGCCCCUCACUUCUCUUCUCAGAAUUGUCCUCAUUAUGCUCGAUUGUUGAAGAGCAUUAGAGUACUCUAUCAAACUUUUGUUUAUCAAAAAUGGAUAAGCAUUUUACAGUUCUCAUAUCAUGCGAUGACUUGGAAGCCUUAUGAACAUCCUAUACUUGGUUCUCACUGCUUUUAUAAGGAGCUUCGCAUGCUUAGAGACGAAAGUAGAUACAUUUAAGAAGCAGCCAACAUUAAUAUUAUUAAAUAUCACUAGAUUCUCGUGUGAGUAGACUAUCGAAUGGUAGAUAGUAAAAUCAAAAAGGGGUCAGGAGUAGAGGCAGAGCUAAAGAAACUUUAGGAGAAACUAUUUAAAAAAUUAUUGCUCUGAAUGGUUUCACAGAAACUUGGUUUUAGAUGGAGUUCAAUGGCCUUAAUUUUGCUGUCUAAGUUAUCUAUUUCCUUCCACUGUUGUCUGAGUUGUCUAAGCAUGAGUCCAAGUCAUUUGGAGCAGAUAUCUUCUUUGGGUCAUGCGCAAGUGCAACUGCUCUAAUUUAAUGCUGCGAUACUCUACAUAUAGA